GGCUCGAAUUCACGGCCAACGUCAGAAGCGCCGUAGUGAAAAUUCACUUCACCUUCUCGUCUAAGGUCUCUCGCUGAUGUUGAAUUCUACAUUCCGUAUUGGAUAGCCUUGCAAUAACUAACUUGCUUGAUUUUACACGUUUUUCACAAUACAGAAGAAAUCCAAACUCUCGAUUGAUCAAUUACACAAACAAAAGUGCACCAUUAACAAUUUCACACAUAGCUUCGUCAACAUCCAACAAAUUGAAUAUUAAGUAACACUAUCGUUCAUCCCAAGAAAUUAAAUCAAGAACGUCUACCAACAAUGUCGCUAUCCAAACCCUCCAUACCCGUCCAACGAUGUCCACCAAAUUGCAGAGGCUGUGCGACAUUCGCAGCUUUCGGCGGCGGAUACUUUCCUCCUCAAACACCUGGCGGAGCAUUGUACCAAUGCUAUGAAUAUGCUUUGGCGCUAGGUUUAAUAGAAGGACCUCCUUCAAGUACGAUUGAAAAUGAGGAUUUGGUACCUGCUCCAUUGGCCAUACCUGCUAAGUCGGCGAAACGUCCUACGGGCAAGCCUAUUGCUCUUGCUGCCCAGAGUUCUCCUUCUCCUUCUUUCGUUCCAUUUCCUGUGGGAGUGAGCAAGGCGACCAGGAAGAAAAUGGAGGCAAUAGCGGCCGGGCCAUAUUCAUUCGAAGAAAAGGUAGAGUUGAUGACUCUCGAGGCAGCUAAAGAUCCGCAGUCCGCUUUGUACAGGUCGAUCUUGGCAAAAUCUCACCAGAAUGAUUCCUUUGCAGGACCGACGAUGGCACAACUUGAUAAAGACGCUACCUCUUCUUUACCUCUAUCUGUUGCAGACGUCUACGAAGAGACAAAUGCGACUUAUCCUCUUGGUCAUAGUUAUCUGCCACCUGGUGUCGUCCCGCUUCCUAGUGAUCUUUUAUUUACGAUCACGACAUGUGGAGAACGAUGCGCGACGAGUUUUGUGGGAAUGUAUGCAAUGCGGAUGCGAGAUGCGUUUCAAGCUUCUGGGGUCGAUAUGCGGGCUCAUGAAGUAAAGGGGGAGUGGGAAAAGACGGGGGCGAAGCGAUGGCUGUAUAGUUUGGGGACGGAUAAGGAUAAGGAAAAGGUGAACAAGAUUCUAAGGAAGGGGAAAGAUGUGGUCAUGGCACAGGAGAAGAGAGGGGUUAGCACGUUCAAGUUGUUGAAAGAAUAUGAAAAUUUACGCCAGGAUAUAGAGAGGGAGAGGGUGAAGGACAUGGGGGUAGAGAAUCCGUUUCAGGAUGUGGCGAAGGCGAUUGGAGAUGCCCAGGAAUCGGAUGAUGGUCUCCAGUCAGAGCCUAACCUACUGCCUGGCAGAACGUUGCUAAGAGCGGUUGAGAAAGUUGUAAGAGAAAGCUUCGAUCCUAUCGAUUGGCAAGGUCCGGAUCGGGAUUGGCCAGGAGCUGAUGCUAGCAUUUCCACCCUACCACCACGACAGCGACCAUUGCAGAGUUGUGGCAUAAACGGACUUGUGAGCGACGACCCGGACGACGAGUCUGCAUGCACUAGUUUUGUCCAAUUGAAGCGUACAAAGCCGAUGGACUUCAAGUGGUACUCUCGGAGUAACGAAUUCGAGAAACCGAAAUAUGAAUGGCCACAGCAAGUGAGAUGUAUAAUGAGCAAUGGAACAAUUCGCGAGCGUUCGAUGGGGCCGUUCUAUGGCGAAAUAUCUGACAGACUCUCUAUGUUAAAGCAGCAUACUAUAAAGCAGAACAUUGCUGCAGAUAACACACUGGACUUCGUGAACAUAUCGUGGCAGUUCAUGGCAAAGGCAAUGAAUAUCUGUGAUUGGUACUGGGACGAAGAAAAGCGCAUAUUGGUAAAAGGUUAUAGCGAUCACAAUGAUUACAAGAAAGACUGCGAUCGGAUUGACCGAGAGUUGGAUAAUUGGAAGGCGAUUAUCAAAGAAGGGAUGGAGACUCCAAUCAACUCUGGAGAUUUGUCCAAGAAGGAACUUCGAUAUGCUACGAUUGGCGAGCAUUUAUUACGGCAAUGGAAAGAAGGACCGGGAAUCAUGGUUUCCAAAACCCCUAGUGAUGAAAGGAUGGAGGGAUCUCUUCUUGCUCCCCACACCACCGAUAACGCUUCGCAUAUCAACUAUCUCAAUGCUCGUAUUGCUGAUGCAGCCAAACAUCGAGCUGAAAUCGAAAGCAAGUGGAAUCAUGAUACUGCACCUCAAGAUGUCUUCCGGGCCAGAAGAGAGUUGCUUGCACAUAUAGAUGUGUUGGAGGAUUUAAAGAUCGAGAUCGAAACGCUUAAUCGUCAAGAAGAAACAGGACAGAGUCCCAUUUUCACAGACAAGAAGACGAGAAGAGAGUUGAGUUUGUGGGAGAGGGAACGUUCAGAAGAGAUGCGUUUGUGGGAAAGAAAACCGGGAGGUGAAAAUAAUAGACAAAGUUCUGAUGCUAGGACGAAAUGAUCUGACAAGUGGGCAAAGAGGUUAAGUGAGGGAGGAGAUGUGGAGUUGUAAUUCUGCAUAAAUAUCAGAUUGAACAUGGAAUCAGGAUAGAUACUUGGGGUAUAUUAACAGGAUCGCUGAUCAACUGUCACUUUAGUUUGGAUGUUCCGUUAUUGAGAUUGGUUAAUACGUAUGCAGUUUUACAUAGGUUCUGGUAGUAUGAAUACGCUCUUCCUUUUUUAUGUUUUUCAUGUCUGAUUGAUGGAAUGCCUGCUUGCCUAUGAGGAUUAGGUAUACAGUAUCGACUCGGUCAUAUAUAUAGUUGUUGAUAGCACAAAGUCUGUUAUUAGGAAAAAGUGUCAAUGUGUUUUUGAGUAUGCUUCGUUCGUGAUGUUCCAACCGUGUUCCCUCCAAGGGAAGUUGUCGAUCGAAUUCAGUAGGCGGUGUGGCA